AGUCGAAAUUCACUGUUAAACCAGUUUUAACUCAAGAUUCAAUUACCCAUCUCCCUGUUCCACGCUCAACAAUAGGUUCCGUUAUGGCCACAACUAAUACUUUUGCAAGGACUAGCCAGAUCCAUAAACAGUACACAACGUCUUCUAUUCAACCAACUCCUCUGAUUACCACUGAAAUCAGCGAAAUCACAAACAGUCCAUCACUACCACAAGCUACCACUGACUCUCAAACUGACUUAAUUUCAACGUCCACAUAUUACGUGAAUACCCUUCCAGCCAGUACUACCAGUGUCACCGACAUUUCUGAACCUCAAACAAUUCACCAUUACUUCAUUACCCUAACUAUCGGCUCUCUAUUAUGCGUUGGGAUUUUGCUGUAUUUGACCUACAAGAUUUACCAGAAAUGUAAUACAAGAUCAAUUGAACAGGACACUUCCGUCCUGUACUCUUCAAAUGGACAUAUGGAAAUUUAAGAACUAGAAUAGGACUGCUUUUGAGAUACAAUGGACACUUCAGUGUGAGAUCUCAGAUUAAACUACUAGAUUAAUCUCCCGUACUUAUAAUCACG